AUGCCCCAUAACAUUUCCUCUCCCAAUUCUUGGACUAUCACCCCCAGUCCAAUGGAAUCCGUCCAUCACAACCUUUUAAUUCUCAAGCACAAGGUCGAUACUGUUGGCGACAAGGAUGGCCCUUUCGUGGCCUUGUUUAUCAAGGGCUCGAAGUCCAGGGCCCGAUGGGAGGGUUGGGUUGACGAGAGACUUGUCCAUGAACGCGAUGAAGGAAAGCUCCUGGCCUACUGGCAAAAGGUUGGCGGAAGAGAUGCACAAGGCAUCAGGGAGACGUGUCCCGCUCGAAUUCUGUAUGCUCACCGCCGCAGGGAGAACGGGAAGGGAACUGAAUACUUCGUCCAAUACGUCGGAUAUCCCAACGACGACCCCAUAAACCAGUGGGAACCGGAGUCCAAGGUGCUCGAAGCUCAGUGGGACUGA